AUGGCGCCCAACAGCACGGUUUCCCCAGCUUCAGUGCUGACCGAAGCGUCCAGCUCCACACUGACACUAGGCGGUGUGCAGGUGCUUAGUGAUGGUGUAGGUUUGGAUGGUCUCGUUUUCCCUGAUCCGUUGUCUGUUGUUGACAGCCUUGCUGACGAGGCUAGUGUAAUGGCACAAGGACCGGUGAUCGACACGGAGAUUGCCUUAGGUGCACCGGCAGUCGCUACUGUUGAUCAUGCCGUGGACGUCCCUGAUUGGUGGUUGGAGAAGAGACAUCAGAUUUUGACCCUUGCGCUAUACCUGCAACACAAAGAACAAGCACAACUGUAUCUGGGGCUUGGGGAGAACGAGAGAAGCAAAAGAUCACUGUUCCAGAUGGGCCGGAGGUCCAAGCUGUCCUCGCCAGCAGCUGCGAUAGAUGGAGCUUCUUCCUCAACUAUGGUGCCCGUGAAGAAGGUGCCCGCACUCAACACGGCGUACAAUUCGGGGAUGCUGCAUUCCAUCGCCGGAGACUGGAAUCCAAACAUCAAAGGUGUGUUUUCCGGGAUAGGCAUGGAGGAGCUGUGCAAGAUCAAGGACAUGGGCAACAAUAACCGUAUCUUUAGCAUGUCCAUGUUAGCUAGGAUAGAUCCUAAAGAUAUGAAGAUGUAUAUGGGCGAUGGGAAUCAUGUUAUUGUCAAUUAUAGGGAGGUGGCGAAAUGUUUAGGGUUGUCGCCGUGUGGUAGGAAGAUAGAUAUCCCGGGCGGGGUUUACUUAGCGAACAGGGAAGGCUUGCUAGAGAACUUGCAUGCCAUCUUAGACACCACCAUGUCUAGGGCAAGUAGGAUCCCUGUCGUCAAAGUGAAGAAAAUCAUACAAAACGCAAGCAAGGUAGCGAUUGUAGGAGCAGAAAAGGAGAAGAUGAUAGUGGCAUGUACAAUCAUAGCCGCUUCAACAUUUCUCCUGCCUAGGGGAGCACACCCCAAAAUUGCCAAUGAAAUCCUUCCGGUCCUAGCUGAGCCGACCCAAAUCUCCGAUUACGAUUUCUGUGAUUAUGUUGUGGAGGGGUUGAGAGAGGGUGCUGCCAAGCUUAGGGAGGAUCUCCUGCAUGACCCAUCUCAGCUGAGUCUCCAAGGGUGCCUUGUCAUCCCUCAGAUCAUUUUCUAUGAUUACCAUGAACACGGGAUGGAGGGACGAGAGACCCUGUCGUUCCCUCGCUUGGCCUCGUACUCGGAUCUGAUGAUGAAACUGCAGAUUCGCAAGCAUGCAGCAAGGCAUGGUGUGGCCGCUGGAUUUGAGGCAGUGGAUGUCCCCAGGUCGCCGGUAAUCAAUGCCGUUUGUGGGAGCGCAACUCAAGAACAUGGCUGGGCCACGCCAAGUUCUAGUGUGCAUGCUCCUACUGGAUUUCGUGUGGACCAUGCGACAGAGAUACCACGAGAGAUUCUUGAUGCGUUCAAGGAGGCAGUGGAGCAUCAACUGAAGCAGCGUGAGCAGGAAUUCAUGAAGAUGGUAGAGGAGACACAAGUCAAAGUGCUUGUAGAAAUCAAGAGCAAGGCAGAUGCUAAACGGCACAGAGACCCGGAGGACACGCUUGGCGAUUUCAUGGAUCGAGUGAAGAGGCAAGCUCCGAUGGCUGCCGCAUUUCCUAAUGUGAGCCAAACCUCGCAUCGGCCCAGGGUAAGUACAGAUAUUACGCAAGAUCUGGCUGAAACCUCAAGGGAAGCUGCUAGGGCUUUGAUGUCAGUAGUUGUAGUUAAUGAAGAGCCACGUGGCAACCCAGAGACGAGUGCGGUGGCGGGUGCAUCAACGCGUGUGCAAGAAACUGACAUCAACUCACAAGCUGCAGUGCAUGUAAGUGCAUAUGGGAAAGAUGUUGCUGUGCAGGCUGGUGUUGAUGAACCAAUGGAGAAGACUAUGAUCGUGGACCACAAAUGAAAGGGGAUGGCUGUAGAAUGUAAGUGACGCCAUUAUUUUCAUGUUUUGAAUAAUGCAUCUGCAAGUUGCAUGAGCUCACUUGUUCAUUGAUACGUCUCCGUCGUAUCUACUUUUUCAAAUAUUUUUGCCCUUGUUUUAGACUCUAACUUGUAUGAUUUGAAUGGAACU